AGUGUUGUAUUUCUGCGGGGAGUUCUGGGCCGACCGGGAGCGAGAGAACGCUCGAGGACGAAGCGCGCCAUUGCGGCCCUCCCCGCCGCGUGCCGUAGUCCAGUCCCAAGAUGGCGGCCACCAUGAAGAAGGCGGCUGCAGAAGAUGUGAAUGUUACUUUCGAAGAUCAACAAAAGAUAAACAAAUUUGCACGGAAUACAAGUAGAAUCACAGAGCUGAAGGAAGAAAUAGAAGUAAAAAAGAAACAACUCCAAAACCUAGAAGAUGCUUGUGAUGACAUCAUGCUUGCAGACGAUGACUGCUUAAUGAUACCUUAUCAAAUUGGUGAUGUCUUCAUUAGCCAUUCUCAAGAAGAAACACAAGAAAUGUUAGAAGAAGCAAAGAAAAAUUUGCAAGAAGAAAUUGAUGCCUUAGAAUCCAGAGUGGAAUCAAUUCAGCGGGUGUUAGCAGAUUUGAAAGUUCAGUUGUAUGCAAAAUUUGGGAGCAACAUAAACCUUGAAGCUGAUGAAAGUUAAACAUUUUAUAAUAUUUUUUUAUUUGUUUAAUAAACUUGAAUAUUGUUUAAAAUGAUAAUUUUCCUUCUUCAAAUGACAUGGAAAGCAAAACUUUUUUUUUUAAAUUUUCAUUUAUUUAAUGGAAACUUGCCUAUUUUCACAUGUCUGCUUAUUUAUUUUAUAUUUUUAAAAGAAGACAGUAUUCACCUAUGUAUUUUGCAUAACGAUUAUAUCAA